AUGGCUGCACUUCCUGCGACUGGACAGUCUCAGGCAAUGCCCUCGCAACCAGGACCGGGGCCAUCGCCGACAUCAACCACCUCGGAGGAUCUUGCGGCAUCGCUGCGAGCAGCAGCGCUGAGGACCCUCAAGUCCAAGCGACGAAAGCUGGAAACUGCUUCUGAGACAUCGGCUGCUCUUCCUUCUCAUCGUCCUACUGAGCCAACCUCCAUCCAGCUUGAUUAUGGGCAAGAGGAGCUUGAUGGUGCGCCGACGUCUGCCUCGUCAUCAACCAAGCCAUCUGCAGCGCCAGCGUCCAAGCCAGUACCUCCACCUGCACCCAGUUUUUUGAAGCCAGAUCAGAAGGAGCAAGAUGAAUCGCAAACCAGGGAAGAGGGUGAGAUCAGUGAAUCUGAGCCGACGACUCCGACGGCCCCCGUUGUCAAACCUGAACCGGCCACCCCACAACUGAGAUCUGCACCUCAGCCUAUGAUAAAGCCCCAAGGCAAGCCUCCAGGAUUUCCCAAGUCGCCACCGAUCAAGACGGAAUCGACCGUCAUCAUAGUGAAGCCUCCGCAACCGCCUCCUAGUGCUGCGUCUGUUGCUAGUACCUCUCAGCUCGUGCCGCCUCGUCCUCCUCCUUUCGUGAUCAAUGCCAAUCACAUCAGGCCCGGAUUAGAGAUGACACAGGCCCAAUACAACGCGGCGAAAGACAUUAUUCUUGAUCUUCUCGGAUGGGGAGUACCUCCAGAGUUUCUUGUGAGCUGUGGGGUCAGCCGCGAGAUCGUCUUUUAUGUGUUCUCUGAAUUGAACUUGCGACUGCCGUCUAAUCUGGAUCUCACCGGAGUCGUACCAAUGCUGCCUCACGGUCUCCCUGACAUGGCUCAAAGCGUUUCAACGGCUACCCAAGGGCAACAGAGCGUUCCAAGAACUGUCCCGCUAGAAUCUCCUGCUUCGCAGGCUUUGUCCGCUAGCGCCCCUCCUUUCGUCCCGGAUGCAUCUGCACUUCGACUUCCCUCUUCCCCGGAUCUCCUUGAUAUGGAGCAACAGCGAAGACAAGAGCUGCUGGCGCGUAAAGCUGUGCUCGCGUCCCGCAAAGCCAAGCAACAAGCAGUGUCCGCUUCCCCGACCACGAGCUCUCCUGUGGCUACUCCAGCGACUCCUGCUGCGAUAGAGCGGAAAGACGUCGAAAUGGCCUCGGCCGUCCCCACCACCACCGUGGAUGACUUUCUGAAGUCUAUCGAACCUGUCUCUGAGCCUGAUAAGGGGAAGGGCAAAGCAUCGACUGCAGCGCCGGCUCCUCCAAGCCGCACCAGCACCUUUGAUGAAAUGGAUGUGGACGAACCUAUCCCAGGGUUGUCGGGCGCAUACGCAUCCCUACCAUCUCCUGCUCGAUCCUCGUCCAUGUCUCUCGUGAUCUCUGCGUCACUCACCAUACCUCCCUCACCAACCGCAAAGGCUAUCGUUCGGGGCCCCAUCGUCGAGUCGCCAUCGUCGUCUGGCCAGUCAUCGUUGAAUGGGAACUCUCCGAUUCAUCCAGACGACCGCGACAAUGUGGACGCCGUUCCUGGUCUCCUCUCUGAACAGUUGAGGUCCUAUACGUUCGAUGCGGCAAUAGCGGCUCGACGGGGAGUGAAACGGCCCGUCGCAGCAGAUUUCGUGGACAUGGAGCCCGGCCCAUCUCGUCCGCACUCGAGUAACAGUUACGAGAGCUUCAAUACCCCGUACCUCCACUCGUCUCAGAGGCGAAGAAUUGGUGGAUCAUUCGCUGGUGUGAGCGGAAUGCGACGCUGCGUGAUAAAUCUGAGCGACAGUGAGGAUGACGAGAUGGAGGAGGAUGUUGUCAAUAUUGUUUUGACGAAUGGGCAAUACGAGCCAGGUGACGUGUCCAUGAGCAGCGCGCAGGCUGCGUCCAUACCAGUGACUCGUCCUCCUUCCCGGAGAGGCACUUCGCAGAUUCCUCACGGGACGGCAAGGAGAGUCUCGCCUGCUGCUGCGCCUGCAACUUUGCAAGAGAAAGAGGAGGAGAUUAGGAAAAUGAAAGAGUUAAUCGCUCGGCGGGAGCGCGAGCGGUUACGCAAGGUCGCCUCUGUGAGUUAA